GCUCAUGGGCCACAAUUGAUAUCUAAUGGGCCACAUUCGAUUAAUUGGAAACAAGAAAAAGGACAAACACUGUGGGCGACACCGAUUCAGAUCGCCGGCGGAGUUUCAGAUCUUCUCCACCUUACAUUCUCCGAGGAAACCUUUUACGCUCUUGAAACCUCGUUUGAAGAAAUAAUCUCGACAAUGGCGGACGUCACAGGAUCUGAGAUGAAAGUAGGUUCGUUUAUGUCAGAAAAAUCCGCCAAGGUCUUUGUCGCUGGCCACAGGGGAUUGGUCGGAUCCGCCAUAGUCCGCAAGCUCCAGGAUCAGGGUUUCACCAAUCUCGUCCUUAGAACCCAUUCCGAGCUUGAUCUCACCAGCCAAUCCGAUGUCGAAUCCUUCUUCGCUACAGAGAAACCGGUUUAUGUGAUCCUCGCUGCAGCUAAAGUCGGUGGGAUCCAUGCCAACAACACAUACCCUGCUGAUUUCAUCGGUGUCAAUCUCCAAAUCCAGACCAAUGUGAUCCACUCUGCUUAUACGCACGGCGUGAAGAAGCUCCUCUUCCUCGGCUCCUCCUGCAUCUACCCCAAAUUCGCUCCCCAGCCCAUUCCCGAAUCAGCUCUUCUCACUGGACCGCUCGAGCCGACCAACGAGUGGUACGCAAUCGCCAAGAUCGCAGGCAUUAAGAUGUGUCAAGCUUACCGGAUUCAGCAUCAGUGGGAUGCGAUCUCCGGCAUGCCCACGAAUCUCUACGGUCCCAACGACAACUUCCACCCGGAGAAUUCACAUGUGCUUCCUGCCCUCAUGAGGAGGUUCCAUGAAGCUAAAGCCAACAACGCGGAACAGGUUGUGGUCUGGGGAAGCGGAAGCCCGUUGAGGGAGUUCUUGCACGUGGAUGAUUUGGCUGAUGCUUGCGUCUUCUUGAUGGAUCGAUACAGCGGGUUCGAGCAUGUUAACGUGGGAAGUGGUGUGGAAGUGACGAUCAAAGAGUUGGCUGAGCUGGUGAAGGAAGUGGUUGGGUUUGAAGGAAAGCUUGUCUGGGAUUGCACUAAACCGGAUGGGACGCCGAGGAAGCUGAUGGAUAGCUCCAAGCUCGCGUCUUUGGGAUGGACACCCAAAGUCUCGGUUAGAGAUGGUCUCCGCCAAACUUAUGAUUGGUAUUUGGAGAAUAUGAAUAGGGAGAAGUUGAUGAAGAUGGCUACCACUGUCCGUACCGGCGGUAAGGGUACAGUCAGAAGAAAGAAGAAGGCUGUGCACAAGACCAACACAACCGAUGACAAGAGGCUCCAAAGCACUCUGAAGAGAAUUGGAGUUAAUUCCAUUCCCGCCAUUGAAGAAGUUAACAUCUUUAAGGAUGAUGUUGUUAUUCAGUUCAUCAGCCCUAAGGUUCAAGCUUCAAUUGCUGCAAACACAUGGGUGGUUAGCGGUUCGCCUCAGACAAAAAAAUUGCAAGAUAUCCUUCCCCAGAUUUUCAGCCAACUCGGACCAGACAACAUGGACAAUCUGAAGAAGCUAGCAGAGCAGUUCCAGAAGCAAGCUCCUGGUGAAGGUAAUGCCUCAGCAACCAUACAAGAGGAUGACGACGAUGACGUCCCAGAACUUGUAGUUGGAGAGACAUUCGAAGGUGCUGCUGAAGAGAAAGUAGCUGCUGUUUCUUCUUAGAGAGAGCGACACCACCACAACAAAAAAACCGCGCUUUGAUUUUUACAUAUCUUUAUAAAUGUUUGUUCGCUCUCUUUUUUGUAGUGUGUUUCCGACCAGAUUCUUGUUUUCUCCUCGUAAUGACUUAAGUUUUUUUUAUCCAAUUGAUUUAUGUCUUUUGAUUAUUUGGCAAUGAAUCAGGUUCUCUCGUCUCCUUGUUCUUUGUGUGUGGAUUGGAUUUUGAUGUGACACAUUUGUCACUUUGGAGUUUGGAGAGCUUAUUUGGCACUUGUCCUCAAAGAACCAAUCCACCUGUAUUGUUUUAAGUCUCUUCUCAAACGUUCCAGACAUUUCUUUGUUCUCCCUUCAAAUACUUUUUUCAGAGAGAUGUUUCGUCUUCGUCACAUUCUCGUAAACCAUGGCAUCACUUUUUGUAUCCACUCCCUCUUCAUCUUCCUUAACUCUGCAAUCAUGUCACAGUUCGCUUCUUCGUCGCGGUUGCAAACAGAAACUUCCGAUAUUUGUGAAUACUGAGGUGAAUCAGACUACAAGACGGUUAAACCCUUUGAGAUUCUCAGCGGAAGAUGAUCGAGCUCGUGAACCUGCGAGCGAUGCUUCGUCUCCGGUGGCAAUAGCUGAGGAGCGAAAAGAGGACCACUCGAACGAUAAUGCGCCGCCUUCUCCGGGAAACAGUGAAGAAGAUGAAGAGAAAUCGAAGCAGCAAGAGAUGGACUGGAAGAUGGACGAGGAGUUCAAGAGAUUUAUGGGGAAUCCAUCAAUCGAAGCUGCGAUAAAGCUCGAGAAGACGAGAACUGAUCGUAAGCUGAAAGAGCUGAAGAGAGAGAGCAACAGUGAGAAUCCGAUCAUCGGAAUUUUCAACCGCUUGGCUCGUGAUAGUUUGGCUAGAGAGAAAGAAAGGCUCGAGAAAGCAGAAGAGGCUUUCAAGGCUCUCGACCUCAACAAGUUAAAGAGCUGUUUUGGUUUCGAUACGUUUUUCGCUACCGACGUUCGUCGGUUUGGAGAUGGAGGGAUCUUCAUUGGGAAUCUGAGGAAACCCGUUGAUGAAGUCACACCUAAGCUUGAAGCAAAGCUAUCCGAAGCAGCAGGGCGUGAUGUUGUCGUCUGGUUCAUGGAAGAAAAGUCCAAUGAGAUCACAAAACAGGUGUGUAUGGUGCAACCGAAGGCGGAGAUAGAUCUACAAUUUGAAUCAACUAGAUUAAGCACUCCCUGGGGAUAUAUUACUGCAAUCAGUUUAUGUGUUACAACCUUUGGAACCAUAGCUCUUAUGAGUGGUUUCUUCCUUAAACCCGACGCCACCUUUGAUGACUACAUUGCUGAUGUAGUUCCUCUUUUCGGUGGGUUCCUUUCCAUAUUAGGCGUCUCAGAGAUAGCAACCAGAGUAACAGCUGCGAGACACGGUGUCAAGUUAAGCCCGUCGUUUCUGGUGCCAUCGAAUUGGACUGGCUGCUUAGGAGUGAUGAACAACUACGAGUCUUUGCUUCCUAACAAAAAGGCGUUGUUCGACAUCCCAGUGGCGCGUACCGCUAGUGCGUACCUGACUUCGCUGCUUCUUGCAGCUGCUGCGUUUGUAUCUGAUGGUAGUUUCAAUGGAGGAGACAAUGCUUUGUAUAUAAGACCACAGUUCUUGGAUAAUAACCCGCUGCUUUCGUUUAUCCAAUUCGUUGUUGGUCCUUACGCGGAUGAUCUCGGCAACGUGUUGCCUAACGCGGUUGAAGGAGUUGGAGUUCCCGUUGAUCCGCUUGCUUUCGCUGGUCUUUUGGGUAUGGUGGUGACUUCAUUGAACUUGUUACCAUGUGGAAGACUCGAAGGAGGUCGAAUAGCUCAAGCCAUGUUUGGAAGAAGCACAGCUGCGAUUCUCUCAUUUGCGACGUCUCUGCUUCUUGGCAUCGGUGGUCUCAGCGGAAGCGUCUUGUGUUUGGCUUGGGGGCUUUUCGCAACUUUCUUCCGCGGUGGUGAAGAAACGCCCGCAAAAGACGAGAUAACCCCUCUCGGCGACGAUAGGUUCGCUUGGGGAGUAGUCCUUGGACUCAUCUGCUUCCUCACUCUGUUUCCCAAUACUGGAGGCACUUUCUCCACUUCCUUCUUCAAUGGACCUUUCUUCCGUGGUGAUGAUCUGAUCUGAAGAUUGAAACUGGAUAUGCAGAAACAAGUUGUGUAGAUUCUUAUUUAUUAUUGUUGAUGGAAGAAAAAAAACAUUGUAAAUUUGUGGAGUUUGGUUUGUAUCUAUGCUUUUUUGAACAUGACUUUUAAUGGAACAUCACUUAAAGCAAGUCUUCUCUUUCCAUCUUUCACAAACACUCCAAUGUCUCCGCACCUGACUUUGCAGAAAUUGCAGACAGAAGGACAAAACACGAUCUUGUAAGCAUCUUCGAAUUUGUCGAUCUUGAACCAGUUACUAACCGUUUUCUGACCCGGGUUCCCCGAAACGCCACAAGUUGAAAUAAACAACUGAUUCGGCGUCUCCUCGGAACUGUCUAAUUUCCAGAUCGUAAAUAGAGAGAACUCAAAGUUUAGAUCAGUCGAGACACGGAUGGUUCUUGAUUUGUCAUAUGGUGUGAAAUCUACGGGCAGGCCUUUAGAGUCCUUGGAUUGGUCUUGGGUCACAAUUCUCGGACAAGUUGUGUUCUCGGAUUCGGACACGGUUAGUCCGCCGCCGCGGCCGCGAACUACAGGCAAGAUGUAGUAGCUGAUGCCUGAUUGGAGUCUUUUACCGUAGACGUCGAUUACUGGUUCGUUGGCGGCUUCGGUGGUGGCUCCACGGUGGCUGAUGAAGACGACGAAGAGGAGGACGAGAUAUAAUGGUGAUGACAUUGUAGGAACUUUCUUUUUAUGGAAACUUUUUAGUGUAAAUUGAAAAGAGAGGAGAAAAGAGUUUCUAUUUAUAGGCCGUAGUUAUACUUAAUUACUUAUCUUAUCUGC